GAGAGCUGUCAGAACACUAACUACAGUUCAAAGGGCACACCCUCAGAGACUGGCUGGGAGAGAGACGGAGACAGAGGGGAUCCCGUGUGCAACACAACUUUGUAUUUCCACAGUUUCCACACUGACAGGAUCUCAUCUUCUGUAGUUGGACCAGUAUCAUCCAACGACAGGACCUAGAAAAUGGUGUUUGGCAUCCGGAAGCACAUCCAGGACCACCUGGUGGAGCGAAGAAUCCGCAGAAGCCGGCUGGUGACCAAAGAUGGCCACUGCAACAUUGAAUUCGGCAAUGUGAAGUACGGCAACCACUUUGCCUUCCUCGUGGACUUCUGGACGACCUUCGUAGAGUUCCGCUGGCGCUUUGUCCUCUUCUUCUUCAUCGCCUCAUUCACCCUGAGCUGGUUCAUCUUUAGCCUGCUGUGGUUCUGGGUCGCCCGGAACAACGGGGACCUGACAUGGCAGAACCCCCCAAGCAACCACACCCCCUGUAUGUGGAACGUCUACGGUCUGACUACGGCCUUCCUCUUCUCCCUGGAGACCCAGACCACCAUCGGGUAUGGUGUACGUGCUGUCACCCCCCAAUGUCCUGGUGCUGUAGCACUCAUCAUUAUCCAGACUCUCAUAGGGGCCCUCAUACACUGCUUCAUGUGUGGAAUCAUUGUGUCCAAGAUAUCCCUCCCUAAGAAAAGGGCCAAGACCAUCUCAUUCAGUGAGGUGGCUGUCAUCUGUCCUAAGAAGGACUUCCUUUGCCUUAUGAUAAGAGUGGCCAACUUACGCAAGACCCUGAUGAUCGGGAGCCAGAUCUACGGCAAGCUGUUGAGGACAACAGUCAAACCCGAUGGGGAGACAAUCAUCAUGGACCAGGUGAACAUUGAGUUCAUGAUGGACGCUGGGAAGGACAACCUCUUCUUUGUGUGCCCUCUCACACUCUACCAUGUGAUUGACAAGGCUAGCCCUUUUUUUGAGAUGGCAGUGGACACUCUCCGUAAGCAGGAGUUUGAGCUGGUGGUCUUUCUGGAGGGUACAGCCGAGACCACCAGCUCAGCCUGCCAGGUCAGGACUUCCUUCAUUCCUCAGGAGAUCAUGUGGGGUUACAACUUCCUACCCAUCAUCUCCCGCAGCAAAGAGGGCAAGUACAGAGUGGACUUCUCCAACUUCUCCAAGGUAGCGUCCGUUGCCACUGCACACUGUGCCUACUGCUUCCACAACAUAAUGGGACAUCACCUCCCCUCCAUUAAUGUCAUUGACAAUGUUGGAUUUGAAGUUAUUGAUAUUCUAGAAUAAUUUAAUAUAACCAAGAUGUGAACUUUUGGAUGGCAAUAUGUGAAGAUAUUUUUUUAUCUUGUAAUAUUUAUAUAUACAGUAGGGUUUGAAAUGAUUGACACCCUUUAUAAAGAUGACCAAUAUUGACUUUAAAAUAAUUCAUUCAAAUACUGAGCUAUAAUUUAUGCAAUUAUGUUAUUUUAUACUAUGGAAAUUACUCAGAGAAAGAGAUUUUGUUUAACAAGUAAUAUAUUGGGGUCAAAACUAUUGACUUCCCUAAGAUUCUUAUUUAUAAAGUAGUCAAAAGUUUAGUAUUUGUUUCCAUAUUCCUAGCACGCAAUGACUACAUCAAGCUUGUGACUCUACAAACUUGUUGGAUGUAUUUGCAGUUUGUCUUGGUUGUGUUUCAGAUUAUUUUGAGCCCAACAGAAAUGAAUGGUAAAUAAUGUAUUGUGUCAUUCUGGAGUGAGUUUUAUUGCAAAUAAGAAUAUAAUAUGCUUCUAAACACUUCUACAUUAUUGUGAAUGGUACCAUGAUUAGAAAUAAUCCUGAAUAUAUCAUGAAUAAUGAUGAGUGAGAAUGUUACCCAGGGUCAAAGAUCAUACCCCUAGACAUGCUAACCUCUCACCUUUACCAUCUUGACCCUCUGACCCUCUACUUUGUUUAAUAUUAUAUGCUUUGCAGAGACAUGGCUGUAUGAUUAUGUUCGUAGGACUCUGCUGUUUCUCCUUUCAGCGGCAUAUUUGGAUGAAGGCAGCCGCUGGCAAGUCCAAAGGGAGAGGGGUGUCUCUCUUCAAAAACAACAACUGGUCCUCUGCUUCCAGUGUGAAGGAAAUCUUUAGCUUUUGCUCAACUGAUAUAGAAUACCUCAUAGUAAGCUGCAGACCCUUUUAUCUACCAAGAGAGUUCUCAUCCGUAAUCAUUACGGCCAUAUAUAUUCCUCCACAAGCCAAUAUCACUCUGAAACUCAACAAACCGUAUGAGACCAUAAACAAACAAGAAACCUCCGGUACCGGAGCAUUGGCUCUCGGACCAACAAGCUCCGAGACAGCUUCUACCCCCAAGCCAUAAAACUGCUAAAUAGCCAUAAGACUGCUAAAUAUUUCAUAUAUAAACUGAGUGUACAAAACAUUAGUAACAUCUUCCUAAUAUUGAGUUGCACCCCCUUUUGCCCUCAGAACAGCCAGUACAGCCUCAAUUCAGUUGUGUCAAGUUGUGAUACACACAGGAAACUGUUGAGCGUGAAAAACCCAGCAGCGUUGCAGUACUUCAUACACUCAAACCGGUGCGCCUGGCACCUAAUACCAUACCCCAUUCAAAGGCACUUAAAUAUGUUGUCUUGUCCAUUCACUGUCUGAAUUGCACACAUACAAAAUCCAUGUCUUAUUUUUUUGUCAUUUAGCAGAUGCUCUUACCCAGAGUGACUUACAGUAGUGCAUACAUUUUUCAUGCUGGUCCCCUGUGGGUAUCGAACCGAGUUCUACCAACUAUCUUUAACCUGUCUCCCCUUCAUCUACACUGAUUGAAGUGGAUUUCAUAAGUGUCUUCAACAAGGGAUCAUAUCUUUCCCCUGGAUUCACCUGGUCAGUCUAUGUCAUGAAAAGAGCUGGUGGUCCUAUUGUUUUGUACAUUCAGUGUAUACACACGAAAUACACACACUACACUGACACUGACACUCUCACACGAAACCCACACACUACAUACAUAUGCACAUAACACACCCACGCAUACCGACCACACAAACACACAUAUACACACACACGCAUAACACAACACAACACACACACUCACACUCACACACACUUUUAUACUUAUAUGUUCUGUUCUUUAUUUUACUCUUAUUGUUAUAUAUCCUAAUACUUAUCCUUCCUUUAUGUACAUAUAUACCUCAAAUACCUUGUUAUUAUCUAUUCUGAUACUUAUCCUUCCUUUAUGUACACACCUACCUCAAAUACCUUGGGAAGUGCUUGUAAGUAAGUAUUUCACGGUUAAGGCUACACCCGUUGUUUUCGGUGCAUGCGACAAAUAUAAUUUCAUUUGAUUUACUCUAACUUGAUUGAUAGCUUGAAAUGGCUUAUUGGUAGCUAGUUAUAAAGUUGGGAGAUUGGGAACUAUAAUACAUUGCUAGGUGACUAGUAGUAUUACAGAGAAACAACAAAAAUACACUUAUUUUAAUCGGACAAAUCUGAGGUGACAUGUGCACCUAUGGGCAUGACGUCUAGGAUUAUUAUUAUAGUUAUUUCUUUUUUUGCUGUUAUUGUUGUUGUAAUUAUCUCACUUCCCUUUAGCAACAUUGGAUUUGUCAUUCAUGCUAAUAAAGCUUAUCUGAAUCUCAA